AGUAGCGCCUCGGGCGGUGCUCGGAGGGGUGUGUGGUGCUCGCGGAGCGGUCCUGGUGCGGCGCGGGGCGGUAAUGUGAUGCCGGGGGCUGGCGACCGACUAGUAACGCUGAGCCGUGCGGCGGGCUGUGAGGACGAGCGGUCUCACUGGAAAAGGGCCGGUGCAGAGAGGAGCUGAUGGCGCCGCUCCAGCGGUGAACGGCGGUGGCCACGGGCAGGGUUUUACCGCCGAUGACAGAGUGGCGCACAGACCGACACGUAGCAGGCAGCCAGAGGUUGUCGAUGACGCUGUGAAACUGCCGUCAGAGAGACUGCACUGCAGUCUUUGUGGGACUGGAAGGGUGACGGCCAUCGAACUGGUGACUCGGGGCUGGUGAAGGCUCGUGCUGGAUGCUCGGUGUGGUGACGAUGACCGGUGACCGGUGACGAGUGGGCGGUGACGAGUGACUGGUGAUAAUCGGGUGACCUAUCAGCUGUGACGGCUGCAGAGAGGGUGUCAAUCAGCGGGGUCAAUGAUGAGUGAAUCGGCCACAUCUCCAGCUGAGCUGAACGUCUCGUCCCGGCCGAUGGCGGCGCUCCGGUCCGGCUAUGACCUGCCCGUGUACGGCCUCGACGACGGCAACUUUCUGCGGCUGCACGUGGUGGCGCUGUCACUCAUCUUCUGCAGCCUGGCCUGCGCCAUCGCCGUGGUCGUCUGGAGCUUCCGCACACACACCACCAAGUUCUUCACCUGGUCACAAGGGGAGCGGAUAGCGGUCUACAUGGCCUUCUGCGACGGCUUGUUCAACAUCUCUCACUCGCUGGACCACCUGCACUACGUCAUUCAGCGGGACCACGUCACGCCGGCCGGACUGUGCGUGUUCUACGCCAUGUUUCUGCUCGAAUUUAUGACGUCACAGAUUCUGCUGGUCAACAUCACGGCCAUCAACGCGUUCACGCUGGUGUACCGGCGGCGGGCGCUGGACUUUGGCGUCGGCGACCGUCGCCUGCUGCUGUACGUGUACGGCGUGCCCUGCGUGCUGGCCGUCAGCCUGGCGGCCGCCGGUCAGCUCGGACCCAGCGGCGCCUUCUGCUACUUCGACAUGGUGCUGGCGCACCCGGCCGUCUACCUGGGCGUCAACACGGUGCUGCUGCUGGCCGUCUUCACCAUCAACUCUGUGCUGUACGUGCUGACCUGGCGGCGGAUCCGGCAGGAGGCCUGCUCCAUACAGCUCAGCGUCGGGCGCAGCCAGCUCGUGGCCGCCUCGCACGUCGCCGCCAAGAACUGCAUGCUCUUCGUCAUCGCGUUCGUGCUGCAGGUCAGUGACUGCGGGAGGGGGUUUGAGGGGGGGGAGAUCCGGGGGGAUGGCAGGUGGACCCCGGGUGGCUAUCAGGACGAACGGAGACACCUGGAGCGUAGUUCCGGCGUUUGGCUUGGACAGCACCGUGCUUGGAUUGGACCGGAGAGUGUUUAUUAUUUUGUCAUGGUUGUUUUAGUUCCUUCACCGACAUGAGUUAUGCGUCAGUGG